AUGACUAAAAAACUUCUCAAAAUAACGUGUCUAUUGUUAUUGAUUUUUGCUGUGACUAUUGAAGGAAAGAAACUUUCUAGAAGCCGAGGAUCGGGCAGGGGUUCUGGUAGGAAGACUAAUUAUAAGCCUCAACCAGCUCCAACUUCCUUGAGCUAUCCACAAGCGUCAGCUCCCAAACCAAGUUUAUUUGGUUGGCAAGAAAAACCUGCUCAAAAGACACAGAUAUCGCAAUCACACCAAUCUAAGCCAGGAAAUCAAGCUCCUUCAUAUCCUGCAAGCAACACUGGGCUUUCUGGUGCAGGUUCAAAACAAACUCAGCAACAGGAACAUGUUCAAAGAAGUAAUGUCCCAAGCCAGCAAACUGCACCUCGUCCUGAAUCACCGAGCCAAACGAAUAGCCACGCAUAUCCUGCCUCCAAUGGAUUAUCUGGAAAUUCUGGAGCAGGUUCUAGCUAUCCACAAGGGUCAGGAUUAUCCGGAUCAAAUGGGGUUCCGUCGUCGUAUAAUUCACCAAAUAAGCCACAGUACCCACCUAAUAACAAUUUACAAAACAAUCACCCGCCGAACAAUGUUGGAAAUAAUUACCAAGCUGCUCCCCCACCCUACACACCGUAUGGAAAUAACAAUCAUCAAGGCCCUCCACCUCCUUAUUCCAAUUAUGGACAUGGUUACAGUGGUUAUGGGGGUCAUGGUGGACCAGGAUACAGUCCACAAAUGCCUGGUUACUUUGGCAGCUACACCAACAAAGGUUUUGGUGGUGUAAGCCGUUCUGGUAGUACACUAGCUGGUGUUGGUUUAGCCGGUGCCGGUAUAGGAACCGUGCUGACUGGGUUGGCAUUGUGGAAUAUGGCUAGAUCUACAGGUCAUCAUCAUCAUACAGUUAUCUAUGAUAAUAGAGGACAGCCUAUUGCAGUAGCUGCCGAAAACGGAACUGUUUCGGCUGAAGAUCCCAUACUACGUGAUUUAGUAAACUGUACUCUUACAAUCAGCAGUAUAAAUGCGACUGAAGUCAUCGCAAUACCUUGUUCAAUUGCAACUUCCUUUACACCUGAUGCUAAUGUUAAGGAUGAUAAAGUUGAGAAUGCUAAUAAUGAUACGAAGUGCACGAUCACUGUGGUAACAAAAGAUAGUAAAGAAUUUAUGACGACUAUACCAUGUUCCAUUUUACUGAACACUGCAGCACAAAAUAACGUAACAGAACCACCGAACGUUCUUGCAGAAACUGCUCUAAAUGACACCUUGGUAGAAACUGCUCUAAAUGACACCUUGAUAGAAACUAAUAUUACCGAUUCAAAUUCUCCAAAAGCCUUAAAACUUUCUAGUGAGGAUGAGAUUAAGGACUUCACUGUUGGGUUAAACUGUACGUCUUCCGAAUCAGGAGAAAUUCGUGAUCCUAUUAAUCCAUGCUUUAGUGUAAAAGAUAAUUUAACUGUAAUACCUCUCAUUUCCACUACUAAAUCUGACUUGCUUCCAGAAAACAAGUAA